GUCAACCGAUGAUACCACAUAUCCACUACCAGUUCCACCUACAACCUUAUCAGUAUCAACGGUAGAGGACAGUUCAUCAACACUGGAGAUAACUUCACAUGACAAUGAGCCAGUUCUGUCAACAUCCCUAGCAGACACACCAUCAGCAGCACCAGCAUCAUCAGCUACGACAAUGUCAACAGUAUCUGCCCCUACAGCAACAACAUUCACAUCAGUACCUUCAGAUACCACGACGUCAACAAUAUCUUCACCUGCAUCCACAUCUGCAGCUGUAUCUUCAGAUACAACAACGUCAGCAGCACCUUCUGAUGUAACAACAACGUCAGCAGUUCCUUCUGAUACAACAACGUCAGCAACACCUCCAGAUACAGCAACGUCAGCAGUACCUUCAGAUACAACAACAACAACGUCAGCAGUACCUUCUGAUACAACAAAAACGUCAGCAGUACCUUCUGAUACAACAACAACGUCAGAAGCACCUUCUGAUACAACAACGUCAGCAGUUCCUUCUGACACAACAACGUCAUCAGUACCUUCUGAUACAACAACAACGUCUUCAGUACCUUCUGAUACAACAACGUCAGAAGCACAUUCUGAUACAACGACAACGUCAGCAGCACCUUCUGGCACAACGUCAGCAAUGCUUUCUGAUACAACAACAACGUCAUCAGCACCUUCAGAUACAACAACAUCAGCAGCUCCUUCUCAUACAACAACGUCAGAAGCAACUUCAGAUACAACAACAACGACAGCAGUACCUCCUGAUACAACAACGUCAACAGUUCCUUCUGACACAACAACGUCAUCAGUACCUUCUGAUACAAUAACGUCAGCAGUACCUUCAGAUACAACAACGCCAUCAGCACUUUCUGAUACAACAACAACGUCAGCAGCACCUUCAGAUACAACGUCAGCAACAAUUUCUGAUACAACAACAACGUCAGCAGUACCUUCUGACACCACGUCAUCAGUACCUUCAGAUACAACAACGUCAUCAGUGCCUUCUGACACAACAACGUCACAAGUUCCUUCUGUUACAACAACGUCAUCAGUACCUUCAGAUACAACAACGUCAUCAGUACCUUCAGAUACAACAACGUCAGCAGUACCUUCAGAUACAACAACGUCAUCGGUACCUUCUGACACAACAACGUCAUCAGUUCCUUCUGUAACAACAAUGUCAUCAGUACCUUCAGAUACAACAACGUCAGCAGUACCUUCAGAUACAACAACGUCAUCAAUACCUUCAGAUACAACAACGUCAGCAGUUCCUUCUGAUACAACAACGUCAGCAGUACCUUCUGAUACAACAUCGUCAUCAAUACCUUCAGAUACAACAACGUCAGCAGUACCUUCAGAUACAACGUCAUCAAUACCUUCAGAUACAACAACGUCAGCAGUACCUUCUGAUACUACAACGUCAGCCGCACCUUCUGAUACAACAACAACGUCAACAGCACCUUCUGAUACAACAACGUCAGCCGUACCUUCUGAAACAACAACAACGUCAGCAGUACCUUCUGAUACAACAACAACGUCAGCAGCACCUUCUGAUACCACAACAGCGUCAGCAGCACCUUCUGAAACAACAACAACGUCAGCAGUACCUUCUGAUGCAACAACGCCAGCAGCACCUCCUGAUACAACAACAACAACAUUAGUACUUUCUGAUACUACAACGUCAACAGCACCUCCUGAAACAUCGUCAGCAGCGCCCUCUGAUGCAACAACAACGUCAGCAGCACCUUCUGAUACAACACCAACGUCAGCAGCACCUUCUGAUACAACACCAACGUCAGCAGCACCUUCUGAUGCAACAACAACAUCAGCAGUACCUUCUGAUACAUCGUCAGCAGCGCCCUCUGAUGCAACACCAACGUCAGCAGCAUCUUCUGAUGCAACAACAACAUCAGCAGUACCUUCUGAUACAUCGUCAGCAGCGCCCUCUGAUGCAACAACAACGUCAGCAGCACCUUCUGAUACAACACCAAUAUCAGCAGCAUCUUCUGAUGCAACAACAACAUCAGCAGUACCUUCUGAUACAUCGUCAGCACUACCUUCUGAUACCACAACGUCAUUAGUACCUUCUGAUGCAACAACGUCAACGGCAUUACAUUCUGAUACAACAACGUCAGCAGCACCUUCUGAUACAACAAUAGCGUCGUCAGCACCUUCUGAUACAACAACAACAUCAGCAGUUCCUCCUGAUGCAACACCAACGUCAUUAGUACCUUCAGAUACAACAACGACAGCAGUUCCUUCAGAUACAACAACAACGUCAGAAGCACCUUCGGAUACAACAACGUCAGCAGUUCCGUCUGAUACAACAAUGUUAGCAGCACCUUCUGAUGCAACACCAACGUCAACAGUACCUUCUGUUAUAACAACAACGUCAGCAACACCUUCUGAUACAACAACGUCAACAUCAGCACAUUCUGAUACAACAACGUCAGGAGGAUCUUCCGAUACAGCAAUGACCUCAGCUGCAACGACAACGUCAACAGAAUCGGCAACAACAACAUCAGCAGCUGUAUCUUCAGAAACAACAGCAACGUCAUCAGAACCUUCUCCAACAGCAACAACGCCAGUAGUAACUUCAGAUACAACAACGUCAGCAGUACCCUCUGAAACACCUACAUCAGCGUCAACAGUAUCUGCAGCUACAGCAACAACAGGAGCGGCAGUAUCUUCAGAUACAACAGCGUCAGCAGUACCUCCUGAAACAACGUCAGUGGUAUCUUCAGAUAAAACAUCAACGUCAACAGUAUCUCCAUCUACAACAACGUCAACAGCACCACCUUCUGAUACAACAACAACGUCAGCAGUGCCUUCAGAUACAACAACAUCAGCAGUGCCUUCUGAUACAACAUCGUCGACAGCACCCUCUGACACAUCAGUGAUACCUUCUGACGCAACAACGUCAGAAGCCCCUUCUGAUACAACAACGUCAGCAGUUCCUUCUGAUACAACAACGUCAGUGGUACCUUCUGAUACAACAACGUCAUCAGUACCUUCUGAUACAACAACGUCUUCAGCACCCUCUGAUACAACAACGUCAUCAGUAGUACCAUCUGAUACAACAACGUCAGCAGCACCUUCUGAUACAACAAUGUCAGCAGUUCCUUCUGAUACAACAACGUCAGUAGUACCUUCUGAUACAACAACGUCAACAGUACCUUCUGCUACAACAACGUCAACAGUACCUUCUGAUACAACAACAUCAACAGCACCUUCUGAUACAACAACAUCAACCCCACCUUCUGAUACAACAACCAAAUCAACAGAUUCUGCACCUACCGCAACAACAACAUCAUCAGCGUCUUCAGCUGCAACAUCAGCGUCAACGGUAUCUGCACCCACAGCAGCAGUAACUUCAGGAAUAACCACAACGUCACCCGUACCUUCUGAAACAACAACAACGUCAGUAGCACAUUCUGAUGCCACAACAGCGUCAGCAGCACCUUCUGAUACCACAACAACGUCAGCAGCACCUUAUGAAACAACAACGUCAUCAGUACCUUCUGAUGCAACAACGUCAUUAAUACCUUCUGAUGCAACAACGUCAACAGCACCUUCUGAUACAACGUCAGCAGCACCUUCUGAUGCAACAACGGCGUCAUUAGAACCACUUUCUGAAACAACAACUUCAACAGUACCUUCUGAUACAUCUACAACGUCAGCAGCACCUUCAGAUACAACUACAACAUCAGCAGCACCUUCUGAUACAGCUACAUCGUCAGCAGUACCUUCUGACACAACAACGUCAGCAGCACCUUCAGAUACAACUACAACGUCAGAAGGACCUUCUGAUACAACUACAACGUCAGCAGUUCCUUCCGAUACAACAACGUCAGCAGCACCUUCUGAUACAACUACAACGUCAGCAGCACCUUCUGAUACAACUACAACGUCAGCAGCACCUUCAGAUACAACUACAACAUCAUCAGCAGCACCUUCUGAUACAGCUACAACGUCAGCAGUACCUUCUGACACAACAACGUCAGCAGCACCUUCAGAUACAACUACAACGUCAGAAGCACCUUCUGAUACAACUACAACGUCAGCAGUACCUUCUGACACAACAACGUCAGCAGCACCUUCUGAUACAACUACAACGUCAGCAGCAUCUUCUGAUACAACUACAACGUCAGAAGCACCUUCUGAUACAACAACGUCACCAGUACCUUCUGAUGCAACAACGACAUUAGUACCUUCUGAUGCUACAACGUCAACAGCACCUUCUGAUACAACGUCAGCAGCACCUUCUGAUGCAACAACGGCGUCAGAAGCACCUACUGAAACAACAACUUCAACAGUACCUUCUGAUACAUCUUCAACGUCAGCAGCACCUUCUGAUACAACUACAACGUCAGCAGUACCUUCUGAUACAACAACGUCAGCAGCUCCUUCAGAUACCACAACGACAGCAGCACCUUCUGAUACAACGUCAGAAGUACCUUCUGAUACAACAACGUCAGCAGCACCUUCAGAUGCAACUACAACGUCAGCAGCACCUUCUGAUACAUCAACGUCAGCAGCUCCUUCAGAUACAACGUCAGAAGUACCUUCUGAUACAACAACGUCAGCAGCACCUUCAGAUGCAACUACAACGUCAGCAGCACCUUCUGGUACAUCAACGUCAGCAGCACCUUCUGAUACAACUACAACGUCAGCAGCACCUUCUGAUACAACAACGUCAGCAGCACCUUCAGAUGCAACUACAACGUCAGCAGCACCUUCUGGUACAUCAACGUCAGCAGCACCUUCUGAUACAACUACAACGUCAGCAGCACCUUCUGAUACAACAACGUCAGCAGUACCUUCUGAUACAACAACAACGUCAGAAGCACCUUCUGAUACAUCAACAUCAGCAGCACCUUCUGAUACAACUACAAGGUCAGCAGCACCUUCUGAUACAACUACAACGUCAGCAGCACCUUCUGAUACAACUACAACGUCAGCAGCACCUUCUGAUACAACAACGUCAGCAGUACCUUCUGAUACAACAACGUCAGCAGCCUCUACUGAUACAACAACGUCAACAGCAGCAAUUUAUGACACAUCAUCGUUAUCAGUACCUUCUGAUACAACAAUGUCAGCAGUUCCUUCUGAUACGACAACGUCAGCAGUACCUUCUGAUGCAACAAUGACGUCAGUUAUACCUUCUGAUACAACAACUUCAACAGCACAUUCUGGUACAACAGUAUCUUCGGAUACAACAACACCGCAGUUAGUGUCUGCAGUUACAACAACAGCAUCAACAACAACAGUAUCUCCGCCUAUAGCAACAACAUCAGCAGCAGUUUCUUCAGAAACAACAACAACAAUAACGCCAGCAGUGCCUACAGGUAUAACACCAGUAGUAUCUUCGGGGACAGAAACAACGUCAUCAAUAUCCCCAGUUACAACAACAACGUCAACAGUUUAUGCAGUUACAGAAACAUUGUCAACAGCCAUACCACUUAUGUCUACUUCACCUGACGUUUCUGGGGCAUCAUCCAUAUCCUUGAACUAUGUAUCUUCACCACAAGUAGCUACAUCAACAGUUGUGUCUGAGUUGAUGUCACAGGGCAUUUCUUCAACUGGAAUAAGUGGGAUGUCAUCAAGUCCAAACGAAGCAUCAUCUUCAAUUGGGGUUCUGUCAUCAGGGAUACCUUCCUCCGCAGUAUUAAGUGACAGUCACUCCUCAUUCAUCGUUGAAGUAAGCUCCGAACCUACAACUAUGACCUCAUCAUGGCCCUCAUCUACAGAAGGUACGAGUACAAUGCCUACAAUCUACUCUAUUGACGAAUCUAGCCCUGCAACAUCUUCAACUGAUUUUUCUUCCCCAGUACUGAAUGUCGCAUCUUCAUCUUUGACAGGAACGACAACAUCCCUGAUAGGACCUCCCACUGGGACCGCAUUCUCCAUUGAAUCUUCUGACCCAUCAUCUUCGUUUUCAACGGGUAUUUACUCUUUGCGUUCUUCAACCUUGCUCAGCAGUACAUCUUCGUUCUCCUCAUUAGGGACUUCAACGUCGGCAUUUUCUUCAGAGGAACUAACAUCUUCACAUGCUGUCGUUUCCCCUUUUUCGUCAGAUGCCAUUUCAGCAGAGCUUGUAGCCCCUUCUGUUGUUUCCGAAACAUCCUUAGUCCUUGAAUCGAUGUCAAGUAGCAGUGAUGUUUUCUACUCUGAUACUGUGACCUCAGUAGGAAUAGUAACCUCCACUUCCAUUGUCCUUUUAACGUCAUCAUCAACUGUCACAUCGCAAGAUGGAGUCACGUUAACAUCAACGGCAGAUAUGCAACCAACACUAUCUUCAUCAUCUUACAUCGAGGAGACAUCAUCAUCUGUGAUGACGGAAACGGCACCAACUACAUCUGUGACAAUGGAACCAAUCACAUUGUCAGCAUAUCUCGAAUCAUCAUCUGUGAUAACGGAAGUGGCACCAACUACAUCUGUGACAAUGGAACCAAUCACAUCGUCAGCAUAUCUCGAAUCACCAUCUGUGAUGACGGAAACGGCACCAACUACAUCUGUGACAAUGGAACCAAUCACAUCGUCAGCAUAUCUCGAAUCAUCAUCUUUGAUGACGGAAGUGGCACCAACUACAUCUGUGACAAUGGAACCAAUCACAUCGUCAGCAUAUCUCGAAUCACCAUCUGUGAUAACGGAAGUGGCACCAACUACAUCUGUGACAAUGGAACCAAUCACAUCGUCAGCUUAUCUCGAAUCAUCAUCUCUGACAACGGAAGUGGCACCAACUACAUCUGUGACAAUGGAACCAAUCACAUCGUCAGCAUAUCUCGAAUCAUCAUCUUUGAUGACGGAAGAGUCACCGACUUCAUCUUUAGCGAUGGCACCAACCACAUCAUCAGCAUACCUCGAGGAAACAUCGUCAUCUCUGACGACAGAAGAAACACCAACCACAUCAGUGGCAAUGCCACCACCCACUUCAGAAUACGUGUCGAUCACAUCUCUCACAUUGCAACCAACAACAUCAUCAUCAUCAUACGUCGGACAAACAUCGUCCUAUGUGGUAACGGAACAGCAAACGACCACAACUGUGACAACGACACCAACAACAACUACAUCGUCAACAACAGCCACAACAACAGCAAUAAAACCCACUACAACCCACGUUACAGAAUCAGCGAAGUCCUAUAGUGGUGUAAUUAAGGUCACAGACGGAGCCACGUGGAAUGACCAACUCAAUGACAAAAGUUCGGAUGAAUAUCAACAACUAAAGCAGAAGAUUUGGCAAGAGGGUAGCGUUGUGGUGGAGUUUACCGUCGGCUUUACGACGACGACGGUGGUGGACAGUGAAAUAGCCGGAAUCUUCAACGCGGGAUACCAGAAUAUUGCUACUCCAAAUUAUACACUGAACGGCGAAUAUACAGAUUUCACUGGUAAAGUACCAGUUUCCAGCUCUGACGCUUCAAUUCAACAAGGAGCUACCUCUGGCGCUACAAACCAAGAAACAUCUACAAGUGUCGCUGGGGAAAACGCUGUGCAAACAUCAACUACUGCUGCAAAGCAGACAUCUGCCUUACGCAGUGUUGGUGAAGAAAGCUCAGUGCUACACCAAACAUCGACUGCCAUCCAGAUAGACGCCUCAAGCAGUCUUGCUGAAGAAAGCUCAGUGCUACACCAAACAUCGACUGCCAUCCAGAUAGACGCCUCAAGCAGUCUUGCUGAAGAAAGCUCAGCGCUACAUCAAACAUCGACUGCAAUCCAGAUUGAUGUAUCAAGCAGUGUUGCUGAAGAAAGCUCAGCGCUACAUCAAACAUUGACUGCAAUCCAGAUUGAUGUAUCAAGCAGUCUUGCUGAAGAAAGCUCAGUGCUUCAUCAAACAUCGACUGCAAUUCAGAUGGAUGUAUCAAGCAGUCUUGCUGAAGAAAGCUCAGCGCUACAUCAAACAUCGACUGCAAUCCAGAUAGACGCCUCAAGCAGUUUUGCUGAAGAAAGCUUAGUACUUCAUCAAACAUCGACUGCAAUCCAGAUGGAUGUAUCAAGCAGUCUUGCUGAAGAAAGCUCAGCGCUACAUCAAACAUCGACUGCAAUCCAGAUAGACGCCUCAAGUAGUCUAGGUGAGGAAAGCUCAGCGCUACAUGAAACAUCGUCUGCCUUGCAAAUAGAACCCUUAAGCAGUGUUGCUGAAGGAAGCUCAGCGCUACAUCAAGCAUCGACUAUAAUCCAGAUAGACGCCUCAAGCAGUGUUGCUGAAGGAAGCUCAGCGCUACAUCAAACAUCGUCUGCCUUGCAAAUAGAAGCCUCAAGUAGUCUAGGUGAGGAAAGCUCAGCGCUACAUGAAACAUCGUCUGCCUUGCAAAUAGAAGCCUCAAGCAGCGUUGCUGAAGGAAGCUCAGCGCUACAUCAAACAUCGUCUGCCUUGCAAAUAGACGCCUCAAGCAGUGUUGCUGAAGAAAGCUCAGCGCUACAUCAAACAUCGACUGUAAUCCAGAUAGACGCCUCAAGCAGUGUUGCUGAAGAAAGCUCAGUGCUACAUCAAGCAUCGACUGUAAUCCAGAUAGACGCCUCAAGCAGUGUUGCUGAAGGAAGCUCAGCGCUACAUCAAACAUCGUCUGCCUUGCAAAUAGAAGCCUCAAGCAGCGUUGCUGAAGGAAGCUCAGCGCUACAUCAAACAUCGUCUGCCUUGCAAAUAGAAGCCUCAAACAGUGUUGCUGAAGAAAGCUCAGCGCUACAUCAAACAUCGACUGUAAUCCAGAUAGACGCCUCAAGCAGUGUUGCUGAAGAAAGCUCCGUGCUACAUCAAGCAUCGACUGUAAUCCAGAUAGACGCCUCAAGCAGUGUUGCUGAAGAAAGCUCAGUGCUACAUCAAACAUCGUCUGCCUUGCAAAUAGAAGCCUCAAGCAGUGUUGCUGAAGAAAGCUCAGCGCUACAUCAAACAUCGACUGUAAUCCAGAUAGACGCCUCAAGCAGAGUUGCUGAAGAAAGCUCAGUGCUACAUCAAACAUCGACUGUAAUCCAGAUAGACACCUCAAGCAGUGUUGCUGAAGAAAGCUCAGCGCUACAUCAAACAUCGUCUGCAAUCCAGAUAGACGCCUCAAGCAGUGUUGCUGAAGAAAGCUCAGUGCUACAUCAAGCAUCGACUGUAAUCCAGAUAGAAGCCUCAAGCAGUGUUGCUGAAGAAAGCUCAGCGCUACAUCAAACAUCGACUGUCAUCCAGAUAGACGCCUCAAGCAGUGUUGCUGAAGAAAGCUCAGUGCUACAUCAAGCAUCGACUGUAAUCCAGAUAGACGCCUCAAGCAGUGUUGCUGAAGAAAGCUCAGCGCUACAUCAAACAUCGUCUGCAAUCCAGAUAGACGCCUCAAGCAGUGUUGCUGAAGAAAGCUCAGUGCUAGAUCAAACACCGUCUGCCAUCCAGAUAGCAUCUGAUUACCUAGCAACAGCUUCCGCUACAGCCACCAUCAGUGACAGCAGCAGCCUCGACACUUCAUCGGAAGCAUAUAGAGGGGACAUGUCAUCUUCAUUAGCCAGUAUGUCAGGUCCAUCACUUGCAGCAACAGAAAGUUUCAGCGUAGGAACAGUGACAUCAGUCAACAGUCAAAGCAUGUCCCCUUGGGCAGAGCUGUCAUCAGAUGUGCCAUCAUAUAGCCCUUCAAAUAUAGAUACCAUGUCAACAGCAGACUCUAUUCAGCCCUCUAUGUCGCUGGAGAUGUCACAACUGCAGUUGUCAACGUCUUCAACUCCCAUGACUGUGCUGACGUGUAGUGACGUCGGCGCCAACGUAUCCUCCUGCAUGCUGUCAACGCUUAUAGAGACGUCGUCCAUGGCGCUGGGCCCAGGGCUGACGGUGUCGCCCUACAGUACAGAAAGUGUCAGGUCAUCUUACAUAGAGUUAGACGAGUGUCAGAGCAGCCCAUGCCCCGCCCACUCCACGUGUAUAGAUCUGGUUGGGACACACAGAUGCGAGUGUAACACUGGCUUCAAGAUGUCGGGCGAGAUCUGCACAGAUAUCGAUGAGUGUUUGGUCAAUCCAUGCCCUGAGUUCUCAACCUGUGAGAACACUGUGGGAAGCCAUACUUGUGAUUGUGUACAAGGAUACAUUAAAGACGGUGACAAAUGCAGUGACAUAGACGAGUGUGAUGCCGACCCUUGCCCCAGCAACUCUGACUGUGCCAACACCCCCGGAAACUACACAUGCAGCUGCAGAAGCGGCUUCCUCACCGUCGGUGACAUCUGUCAGGAUAUGAACGAAUGUGACAGUGACCCAUGUCAACAGCACGCGGACUGUAUCAACACCCCGGGGGGCUACUACUGUGUGUGCAAGCCAGGGUUUGUUGAUGACGGUGAUGUCUGUAAAGAUACCAACGAGUGUGUGGUUGACAAGUGUCCAUCCCACUCCACAUGCGUGAAUACACCCGGAAGCUAUAACUGCACAUGCGUAGACGGGUACUUUAAACAGGAGGAACUAUGUUUAGAUGUCAACGAAUGUGAUAUCUCCCCGUGCGCGGUCGGCGCUGACUGCACCAACACCGACGGCAACUACACUUGCGCAUGUCCACCAGGAUACACCGUCGUCGAUGACACCUGCACAGACAUUGACGAAUGUGACACAGUCGUCUGUCCUCCGCUUACGAGGUGCAUGAACACUAAUGGGAGUUACAGCUGCCCCUGCCUCGACGGCUUUCACGACCUAGGCGGGGCCUGCAUAGACCAGAAUGAAUGCCUUCAGUUCCCAUGCACGGACAAUGCAGUCUGUACGAAUAUAAUUGGAAGCUACGAGUGUGCUUGUAAAACAGGCUUCCAGAACAACAGUGGUCUUUGCCAAGAUGUGAAUGAGUGUUCUACCGGCAACCCCUGCCCCACCAACACCGUGUGUGACAACAGCCCCGGGGGCUACGCCUGCCCCUGUCGGAGCGGCUUCACGACGUCCCUUGGCGUGUGUGAAGACAUCAACGAGUGUUCAUCUUUUCCAUGCCCCGCCCACUCCACGUGCCACAACUCUCCCGGCAGUUUCUCCUGUGUGUGCCACAAUGGCUUCUACCAGAGAUCCCCACUGGAAUGUAUGGAGAGCAAAGUGUUCUACAGCUCCCUCCGACUUCUGGAGAUAGGGGGGCAGCCAGCCGACUACAGAAGCGUCUACGACGACAUGGAAUCCCCAGAGUCACUCGAACUGUCCACAAACUUCAGCCGCACCCUGACAGACUGCCUCAACCAGACAAUUGGGGAACUGGUAUACGGCACCAUGGUUCAUCAGUUCACCAAUGGUAGCGUCGUUGUUAAUGCCUCUAUCUACGUGGACAACAAUUACAACGGUGGCCCUGAGUUACUAUCCGUGAUGGUGCAAGACAAUGUCGACACUUUUAAUAACGACGGGUUGGUCAUCAACCAAUCUGAUAUAUACGUCACAGACGUGGACGAAUGUUCCCUAUCGACAUGGAACGACUGCUCGCCUGAGGCCGUGUGCCUUAACGACAUUGGAACCUACAACUGCACGUGUAAGCCUGAGUUCCUGGAUUACUCCGUUGACAGGCCUGGGCGUAGCUGUCUAGCUAUCGACGAGAGCAACCAGGAUAAGAUCCAGGGCGUAACCCUUGCGGCAGAUAAACAAUACUACAAGACUAGAGAAGCCGUUGUAGUCACCAUCUGGCUUCAGAGGGGGUCGCAUGUCACCUACACGCUGAAAUACGGUGAUGGCGGAUUCGAGAGCAAGAGUGACCCUCAGCGCCUAGCAUUCUUAAACCCUUACAACUUCAGCCACUCCUACAUCCUCGCCAACACGUACAACUUGACGGUGACGUCAGCCAACGACGUCAGUUCCAUCAGCUCCACAGUUCAGAUCAUUGUUGAAGAAGAUGUACGUCAACUCAAGAUUGACAUUCAAAUUGGCGCUACAGAAUUUGAAAGAGAUUUCAUUCUGUCGGUUGAAAAUGACAGUUUGAUAUUGGAAUAUAUUCUCUGCGUGAUGGAUUAUGGAGAUGGGACGAUGAAAACAACCACAAUCCAGAUCCUUUCCAAAACGGAAACCUUCAAAUAUACCCACGCCUAUCAACUUGGAGAUUUCAUAGUUUCGGUGAAUUGCUCAAACCACGUGUCAUCUUCAGUGACCUCAAUUCCUUUCUUCGUUGAAGAAACGAUAAGCGAUGUAAAUAUAACGACCAACAAACAUAUUUUACUUCCUGGAGAGGCGUUCAUUCUGUCCAUCAGUGUAGGAAAGGGGUCAAAUUUAACUCUUGUGCUUGAUUUCGGGGACAACAGGGCUAAUACGCUCCAACUCGGAAACAUUAUACCGGGGUCAUCCAACCAAUUCAUUACACAGUCAUAUCCGAAAUCAGGGUUCUUCACGCCCAAGGUCACAGCAAGUAACAGAGCGUCGCAAAUCGAACAAUCACUAAACGAGUCCAUCGCAGUCCAGAACAAGGUGAAGGAUCUGAGUAUUGAAACUCAGAGUCCUGUGGGAGUUCCUCCUGGCGAGAUAGACAUCAUCAUCAAAUACCCAUCAGAUUCGUCACCUCCGUCCUUCGUCACUUGUAAAACAGACUUUCUGAACGUAACAAAUGAAGAAUACUCUGUUGACUCUAUCAAUGUAAGUGCCCCCCUGUCCUUCACAGUGUUGUGGACGAGUCUCUAUGAUGUUGGGCGUGUGCCAUUCUCUGUGAAUUGUUCCAACUUGUUGAGUUUUCAGGUCCUACAGUCUGAGGUGUUAAUUCAGCUUGCCGUCACUGGUGUUGCUGCCAAUACAAGCAGUCUCUUCAUACCAAUCGGUGGCACAGUGGAAUUUAUGCUGUACGUGGAAUCGGGGAGUCAUGUCAACUAUGUAUUCAAUUUCGGUGGUGGUAACCCGGUGUCUGGUAUAUUCCAGGAAUUGAUUGUGUCUAAGAAAUCUGUUAAAAGGUUAACAGCCUAUAAUUAUGAAGGGUUUUAUGAUGCAAAUGUAACUGUGUUUAACGAUGUGUCAACAAACGUGACGGAAUUCAGAAUUGGUGUUCUGGAAGAAGUCAAAGGGUUACAAGUGACUGCAUUUUAUCGAAAACUGGACACAUCUGAUGUUCUUACUACGGGACAUGGAUCAAGCUUUGAUGUCUUCCCUCUUGAAAGGCCAGUGAUAUUCAAUACAACAGUGCGGUCUGGAAAUGGCAUCACGUACAUCUGGGACUUCGGGGAUGGGAUAAUAGAGAGGACUGAUUCCAGAAUACAUAGCCACACCUAUACGACUCCUGGUACAUAUGUCGUAUGCGUGAAUGCCACCAAUGCCCUGUUCUACGACGCCGUCAAGCUGAGCAUCACCACACAACAGACCAUCCUGUUCAACACAUUAGUAAACGACGGCCCUUCUGACGCUUAUAAAAAUAUCACAUUCACAGUGAAUCUCGCGAGGCCGGGAACAGAGUCGUGCUUUGUAUUCGAUAUGGGGGAUUUCACCAAUCCAGUCCUUUAUGGAGAGAGUCCCUGUUCAACAAACCCUGCAUAUAACGGAUACACAUACUCCGACUGGGCACCUUCUACCACUCUACAACACACGCACGUGUACACCACUAAUGAGACGUUCUACGUUACAUUGAACGGGACGAACAUUGUGUCCAAAGCUACAGUCUACACAACGGCUGUUAUAAGUGGUGUGAGCUGCCACUACCCUAUAGUACAUAUUGUAGGGGGAGGGCAGCAGAUAGACGAGCCUGUCACCAGACUCCGUUCUGAUUGGAUGGUAUUCGAGAGCAGAGUUGACCUCGACUGUGAGAUAACUAACGAAGCAGAGUAUAACUGGACUAUCCUCAGAAUAACAACUGGAGACAACUUCCUGGAUUUCAUCUUCGACCCGUAUCCAGCCGAGUCAGUGUCUGCGGGGCUGUUCAAGAUCCUAUUUCGGCCAAGGGCUUUUGAACCUGGGGACUACAAAAUAAGUUUGAAUGUUUCGAUGGCGGGGAUUUCCGGUUUGUUCCAUUCGGAUUUCACAUUUGUACGAAUCCUCCAGACUGACAUUGUGGCUCGUAUAAAAGGCGGAACAGGACGAGCAGUUGGUUAUGACACAACCCUUGAACUGAACGCAAUAGAAGAAAGCUAUGACCCAGAUGCGGAUGAUGAUUCGUCCAAGGCUAACUUUACGUAUGUCUGGUGGUGUAGGAAGGAGGGGGAGUCGUUGGAGGAUGCUGUUGACGGUGUCAUCGAGAUUCCCCAGAAUAUAUCUGGUAUCUUCCCGAACGUAUCCAUUGGGUGUUUUGGCACCGGCAUCGGUAAGCUUCCGUUGACAGAUGGGUAUAUCUCUUUCAACACACGACAGUUUGAGUUUGGCACCACGAACAUUUUCCGAGUUGAUGUCAUAGCAGGUGAUAGAAAUGCCAGUUUUGAACAGGCCAUUACAAUCGUUGAGGGCGACCCAAGAGAGUUUCCACUGACUUGUGUUGUGAAUUGCAAGUCCAAGGUCAACCCAUCUGGUGAGUUCAGCUUGACCAGCCAGUGCUUGACGUGUCACCCACUGGACACGAUCUAUAACAACUGGACGCUACUGCUAUACAACGAUACCCUCGGUGGCUACUUGGCUGUAGACGACCUAGACUCCAUGGUCUCUACUGAGGCGCACUCUUCCAGUGUCGAGUUCCUCGCUCGGAGUCUCAUCGACGGCAUGAAGUACCAACUCAGGCUUGACGCCAACCUCCACGGCUACGCCCCCAGCUUUACAGAAUACGACUUCAUCACCAACGAGCCACCAUACGGGGGAACGUGUACGAUCGUUUCCGGGGAGGCAUACUCACUAGGGCUGAAGUUGAUUAUCCAGUGUCAAGGAUGGAUCAACCCAGGGGAGGAGGAAGCCAUGGGGGCGGGGCUACUGUACCGCUUCCUGGUGUACGCCCGGGGGAGGGGCGACGUGCAGCUGCUGUACUAUGGCACAGAUCCCUACACCCCCGAGUCUCAGAUCCCCAUAGGAGAGGAGUCCCAUGAUCACAUGUUUGACAUCGUUGUCAGGGUGGCCAACCCCAUCGGAGAGUUUGUGGAGUUCAAAUUGGAGACACAGGUAAAGCCCCCCGAGGUGAAGGAGAACGUGGAGACGUACCUGAACCUAACAUCCGGGUCCUCCAGCACGCUGUCGUCACUGCUGUCCACAGGCCGCGAGCAGGAGGCCAAACAGUUGAUUGUAGCAGUUGCCUCCCUCAUCAACGAAGAUAGCGCCAAUGCAGAGGCGUCCAUCUCGACAGGUGAUACCACAACUGUGGUUCCGGGAGCAUCUCCAACGGCAACAACUGCAGUAGAGGAUGAGCUAAGGGAACAAAAACAGAAGAGAGUUGAGCUACGGACGGAGGUCGUGAAGUCCCUGGCGACCACAGACGCCUUGACCCUCGACUCUCUACAGCAGACGGCCAUGGCAUUUAGGGUGAUAACCCAUCACACGACGGAGCUGUCAGAGGAAGCUCAGGACAUGACUGUGGCGACGAUGUCAACGAUGGCGAACACAUUCCAGGUGAUGGUUGAGGAGGAGAGACCGCAGUCGGUGGAGCAGGAGCUAAAGGCUGCGGAAGACAUUGUCGCUGCCCUUGGGAACAUCAUCUUGGCAGCCCGCACUGAAGCGACCGGAAGUGCCUCCAAUGACACUUCACCAACAGAUCCAUCACCAACACAAGGGUCCUCGACAACAGCUUGGCAAGCUGAUUCUGAGUCCCAAGCAAAGGCUCGGGAAAUCACUAAACUGGCUCUGGAAGUAGCAGAUUCAGUGGUGAAGACAAUUCUGAAGAAACGCGUCCCCGGAGCGCCACCUGUUGUCAUGAAGAAUCAAAUGUUUACUGUUGUUGCAGAGAGGAAGGAGACGUCGAAGUUAGGUAACUCUGUUUUGUCUGCAGACGAAGGAUCCUUCAAGUUGCCAUCUUCCAGGGAUAUAGUGACGGAGAAUGUCACAAGCCACAUCAUAGACACCAAGUUCGUCACCUCCCAGUUAAAUCCAUACGUGUGGGAUAACAGCGCCGACAGUGUCAACUCCCCCAUCCUCACCAUGAAUCUUUACGACUCCGGCGGCGAUGAAGUGAAAGUCGACAAGCUAGACGCUGACAUAAUCAUCGACAUAGGCGCGACAGGUAACGGCAGUAACAAAGUUGCCGUACAUCCGGUCCUCACCGGAAACGAGUCCAUGGUUUACCAUACAUGGAGUGUGUCCGGAAAUUACAGCGAGACGCUCAGGAUAACGGUGAUCCCCGAUAUGGCCAACGUCACCCUUGAGUUGUACAUUAGAAAUGGAACAUUCCCCACAGAGAGUGAGUUUGACCUCUACUACCAGCUCCCCCGUGACAUCAACGCUUCAGGGUUUGACGACCCUGCCAUUGAAGAAGAGUUACGCUACACCAUUUUAAUCUCUGGGGAAGAACAGGCAACCGUUGGAAAUGGGACCUUUCACAUUGGAAUCAAAGAACAAGUAAACAUUUCAACCAUCGAACCCGACUACAGCGACUACUACGACUACGGCAACGACGAGGACGAAGACGUCAGAGUUAUGACCAACUACACUAUCAGCUUCAGUACAGCGGUCUGUCGCUUCUGGAGCGAGAGGGAUGACAAGUGGGUCACUGACGGAUGUCAGGUCAGCGAACUUUCUAACUCCCGCUUCACGAGGUGUCUGUGCAACCAUCUCACGGCCUUCGCCAGUGGCGUCUUCACUCCCCCUAACUCCAUCAACUUCAACACCGUCUUCAACAACCUCGGCGCCAAGUUACUGGACAACAACGCCGUCCUCAUCACCCUGUGCGUCAUCUUCUUCCUCUACAUCGUCUGCGCCAUCUGGGCCAGGCGGAAGGACAAGCGGGAUGUGGAACGGUGGGGCGUGGCUCCUCUAGCUGACAACGUGAUAGCCGACAAGUAUUUCUACCAGAUCACUGUCUUCACGGGCAUGCGCUCUGGGGCGGGUACAAGAUCACGUGUCAGUUUUGUCCUGUCUGGGGACGAUGCUGACACAGGCGUCAGGGAUAUGGCAGACGAGAAAGGAGUAAAGGUAUUCAACCGCAGUAGCGUCAACCAGUUCGUGAUGGGCGUGAGCGAGUGCCUCGGCCCUCUGUCCUACCUUCGAAUGUGGCACGACAACUCCGGCAAGGGCAAACAACAAGGCUGGUAUCUUAGUAAAGUCGUCGUAUCCGAUCUGCAGACGGGGGAGAGUUUCUUCUUCCUGUGCAACCGAUGGCUGGCAGUUGAGGAGGAUGACGGCAUGGUUGACAGGGUGAUGCCUGUGGCCGGCACCGGGGAUGUCCUCACGUUCAACCACCUCUUCUUCUCGAACACCAAGAAGAGCCUCACUGACUCGCAUCUCUGGAUCUCGGUUUUUGCCCGACCCCAGAGAAGCAACUUUACCCGAGUACAGCGAGUCUCCUGCAUCCUGUCUCUCCUAGCAACAACCAUGCUGGCUGACGCCAUGUUCUACAAAACCGAAGGCAAACACGACGCGGCCUACUCUUUUACUUUGGGACCUCUCAAAUUCUCCCUUAAUGAACUCUACGUCAGUUUCGUCAGCAGCAUCGUCGUACUACCUGUGAACAUCCUCAUUGAUCAGAUAUUUAGACGAUGCAAGACCAAGACCAACAGCAAGGUCGACAACGGAUUCCUCAAGAAAAACCUCAAGAUCAGCACCCUCCGUCCAUCAACCUCUGCCUCUACGUGUCCUGACCCUAUCAGAACAGUCUACGAUGGCACUCUGUCCCCCGACCCUACCACACCCAGCCCCACCCCGGGAAAGUCACCCAACCCUCUGAGCACGUCUUACACCCAGAGCUCAGGGGAUAUAACACUGAAGACCAACAGGAAGAUCAAGAAGCUGAAGACCAAGCCUCAACGUAAUAAGAAGAAAUACUUCCCAUGGUGGACCAAGUAUAUAGCGUGGCUGCUCGUGUUCAUAAGUACGGCAGUGUCCGCCUUCUUUACGUUCUUGUAUAGCAUGGAGUGGGGAAAAGUGAAGUCUAACGCUUGGCUGUCAUCUAUGUUGCUGUCGGUGGGGCAGUCUGUGCUGUUGCUCCAACCAAUAAAGAUCAUUGUGGUGGCGGUGAUAGUCGCAUGGGUUGUCAAGAAGCCCGAGUUGGACGACCUUCCAGAAGAUGAAGACCCGAGAGCUAUCCAGCCUCAGCCUGACGAGGAGGUCACUCACAACAUGCCACCCGAGUCGGUGACCCGGCCGAAGAUGCCAGUUCCUCAGCUGGACCACAACGCUCUCCAGGCCGCACGCACGAAGCGGUUAAGGGAGGUCGAGAUGAUGUCUGUCAUCAAGGAGGUGGUCGCCUACGUCCUCUACCUCAUCAUCCUCUUCAUGGUGUCCGUCCAAAACAGGGACCCCAACUCCUUCCUCAUCAAAGACAACCUCCUCAACAUGAUCGCUGGGACGUCCGCAUUCACCAAGGUGAGCACCGGAAAUGACUUCUGGAACUGGACCCGCUAUCACCUACUACCUAACCUGUACGCCAACAAACACUUUGAUGGGUCCCCUCUCGAGGACAGAGGGCUGCGGUUUGUGUCCAACAUGGUGGCCUACAGGGUUGGACCAGUCAGGUUCAGGCAGCAAAGAGUCGUUACAGGCCAGUGCCACAAACCUGCAGACAUUCCGAAGAACUUCGCCAAAUGUAGCCAUGGCUGGUCUUGGGAGAACCAGGACACCACGCUCUACCUUGAAGGAUGGCAGAGGGUGUUGUCUAACGUCACGCCCACCACCCCGCUCAACUACCCGUGGGGCUACAAGACCUUCACCAAGACUAACGGUAUUCCCCACGUCGGCAAGGUGGGAGUCUACCCGGCCGGAGGCUACGUAGCGGAUCUGAUCGGGAGUGAGACACGUGUCAGGAAGAUGGUUGACACCCUGAAGGAGAAAGAGUGGAUUGACAAAUACACACGGGUGGUGUUCGCGGAGUUCACGGUGUAUAAUCCGAAUGUGAACAUGUUCGCUAUGAUCAUGGCGACGAUGGAGGUCAUGCCCGCCGGGUCGACUGCGGUGGAGGUGAUAGUGAGGCCGUUCAGACUGUUCUCCUAUUUGGGGGGCUACGGUGUAGUCGUGGCGGUAUGUGAGGCGCUGACGUUGGUCUUCAUCGUGUACUUCUUCAUCAGAGAGUGUAAGAUACUGAAAAAGCAGAAGUGGGGAUAUUUCCGACAGUUCUGGAAUUUUCUGGAAUUGUCAAUCCUGCUACUAUCUUUGACAACAGUAGCGAUGUACGUUGGAAGACACCUCAUGACGUCGUAUGCCGUAUCGAAAGUGACAAAACUAAGAGACCACUUCUACAACUUCCAGCGUCUGGCAAUGUGGAACGAACUGUUCACGUUUCUGUUAGCCUGGGUCAUAUUCGCCUCCAUCCUCAAAGUCAUCCACAUGCUCCGCUUCAACAAGAAGAUGUCCAUGUUGGCUGGGACGCUGAAGAAGGCGGCCCAGGAGCUGUCAGCGUUCUCCGUCGUCUUUGUCUGCUUCAUCAUCGCCUUCAUGUCCCUUGGGUUCCUCACGUUCGGUGCCAACGUUCAAGGCUACAGCACUGUGUUGGUAUCCCUGGAGACUCUGUUGUCCUUCGCUCUGGGACACUACCAGUUCGAGGAGCUCUCCAUGGCCAACAGGACACUUGGGCCAGUCUUCUUCUUCGCCUACAUCAUGUUCGUGGUUCUGUUGAUGCUGAACAUGUUCGUCACUAUAUUGAACGAUUCCUUUAGUGUAGUGAGAAGCAAGGUCAAUAGUGAGAAGAAUGAGUAUGAAAUCAUGGCCUUCAUGUGGGGGUACUUCCGGUCGUGGAUUAACCUCACUGGCCUUGUCCCGAAAGCAAAGGGAAAGUACUCUGACAAUGAAGACUCGCAGGACGAUGAGCAAAUGCAGGAUAACAAACCCAAGACACUUCAGACAGCUAUGACGUCAGUUCACCAGAAACUGGACAACUUAGAGCGACGGCUGGACGAAAUGUCGGGGCGCCAACCACCGAGAAAGCUGCAGUUCAUGACCACCCGACAGGACAUCGACUAUCUGGAUAUGGACCUGGACGAGUUCGCCAGAGUGUUCCCCCAACUUACCAGGCUAAAAUAACCCUGUGUCUAAAACCUUCAGGAUGCUUCCUCUGCAACACAAGACAGACAAUGAUGUGAUUAUUGACUAUUUGUUUCUUCAUAUUCAGUCUAUGGUUGUCAAGUUGAAAAUUACCACGUCAUUGCAUAGCAAUUAAUGUGCAGGAUGUGUAUUACAAACUGAGAGGUCAAAGUAUACAUCUCUUUAUUGGUGAAAGGAAGAGACAUACCGCAUUCUUUGUACAUGUAUGUAUGAAGUUAACAGUGGUGUAUUCAUUUACUUUUGUUUCCUAUGAGGAACGUUAUGAUUCCGUACAAUUAAAAGCGGCAUGAAACUAUACUCACUACUAUUAACCUCAAAGGAAGGAAUGUCUUGAUUGAUUUUGGUUAUCAAACAGAAUUAGUAUUCUGUUUUAAAAAGCGAGUGUUUGUCUUGCAAAAACUGUAAUUGAUGAUAGUCAUUGAUAAUCACAUAAUAACACGUAUUUUAAACCAACCAACAAGCCUAUUCAAUAACUCCCACGUCAAAUCAUUGUAUUUCUAAUAGACCUUCUGCUGUGUAAAAAUAGUUUACAUCAAUUACACGCCUGUAGCAUCACAUUGUUGAUAUUAUAUAGUCUCUAUGUGAAUUAUUGUUUUCAUGUUAAAUAUACAUAAUGCAUGUAUUCUUCACAAUGUGUGGUGAUUUGUGAAGUAAUUGUUCCAAGUUCGAUUGCUAGUGCCAGAAUGCCCACAGUAAAUCCGUCCAAUUGUAGUUUGUUGUGGUUAGGCUGGGUAAAUAGUAUUUUUGCACCGGCUCUCUUGUAUAAACGACUAUCUGUUGUUUAACAGUGUUUGGUAAUGAGAAAAUUUACAAAACAUACUACGUUUUACUGUUAACUAUAAUUUAUAAUGUUAUAAAAUUGGUAUAUUCAAACAAUGUGAUGUGUAUUUACAAAGUUAUGAUAAUAUUGUUAAACCUGUUACAUAGUGUACAGAUUACAUGAAAACCGACAAUUGUACAGAUUACAGUUAAACCCAUUGCUGAACAAAUUACAAUGAAACCUAUGAUUUGACAUAUUACAAUAAAACCUGCAAUUGUACAGAUUACAAGAAAACCUACAAUUGUUACAGAUUACAAUAAACCCUACAGCUGUACAGAUUACAGUUAAACCCAUUGCUGAAGAAACCUAUGAUUAGACAUAUUACAAUAAAACCUGCAAUUGUACAGAUUACAAGAAAACCUAUGGUUUUACAUAUUACAAUACAUACUGUAACUGUAUAGAUUACAAUAAAAACUAUAGAUACACCAAACGACCACCCCUCUGUUUUGGGGUUCUAUAGCAAACUGA